CACACUGUUUUAAGAAAAUUGUAAUUCACACAGAACGCGAGCAGCUAUAGCGUUACCACUCACAGGCCUGCGGCGCAGAAAAACAAAUUUGUUUGCAUUUGAUAAUUGUGGAAAAAGUUCUGUGAAAAUCCGUUUCCAAGCUGGCCAGCGCAAUGAACGUCGCAGGCGGCGGCACCAGUACCACUGCAGGCAGUGCCGGCAACAAUAAUACACUACCAAUGGCACAACUGGCGGACGGCUGGCUAGAGCUAGAAUCAGAUCCGGGUCUUUUUACUUUGCUGCUGGAAGAUUUUGGCUGUCACGACGUGCAAGUCGAAGAAGUGUACGACCUGCAAAAGCCCAUUGAGAGUCCAUACGGCUUCAUUUUUCUCUUUCGCUGGAUCGAAGAACGUCGGGCGCGUCGAAAAAUAGUCGAGACAACUGCAGAGAUAUUUGUCAAGGAUGAGGAAGCAAUCUCGAGCAUUUUUUUUGCCCAGCAGGUGGUGCCCAAUAGCUGUGCAACCCAUGCAUUGCUUUCCGUGCUACUCAACUGCAACGAGAACAAUUUGCAGCUGGGCGAAACGCUGAGUCGUCUCAAGGCUCACACCAAGGGCAUGAGUCCCGAAAACAAGGGUCUAGCCAUAGGCAAUACGCCGGAGCUAGCCUGUGCCCACAACUCGCAUGCCAUGCCGCAGGCGCGUCGUCGCCUGGAACGCACUGGAGCUGGUGUAGCGAGUUGUCGUUUUACCGGCGAAGCCUUUCAUUUUGUCAGCUUUGUGCCUAUAAAUGGGCAACUGUUUGAGCUGGACGGCUUAAAGCCAUAUCCCAUGAACCAUGGCUGCUGGGAAGAGCACGAGGAUUGGACAGAUAAGUUUCGACGCGUCAUGGCUGAACGCUUGGGCAUAGCGACAGGCGAGCAGGACAUACGCUUCAAUCUGAUGGCAGUGGUGCCCGAUCGGCGCAUAGCCAUCACGCAUAAGCUGAAGAUGUUGCGCACCAAUCAGGCAAUUGUCUCCGGCACACUCCAGAAGCUGCUCAAAGCCGAUGAGCAGGGCGAGCGCGAUGAACAGCAGCGUCCGGAUACGCCCAACACGCUGCUGGAGCCGAGUGCGUUCACAGCGCGCGAUUUACAAUCGCUGCUCAAGAAUCUGGAUACGGAAAUAGCCAUCAAUGAGCAGCAUUUGGCCGAUGAGAACGAUCGCCGGCAAAUGUUUAAGGUGGACGCCAGUCGUCGCACACACAACUAUGACAAGUUCAUUUGCACGUUCCUAACCAUGCUGGCUCAUCAGGGCGUGCUAGGCGAGCUGGUCAGUCAACAUCUGUUGCCCUCCAAAAAGAUAAGCGGACAGAGCGCCGCCAAUCGCCUCAACAAGCAGAACAGCGCUGCGGCCAAUACGGCGAACAGCAAUGCAGGUGCCACUGCGGGCGGCGCCAAAUCCCAGCAGCAGCAGCAACAGCAGCCACAACAACCUCAGACACCCAAGAAUGGCAAGUCGCCCGGAAAGACGCCGGGUCGCCGGCGCAAGGGGCGAAACAAGUGCAGGAAGCGCAAGUGAUGUGCGCUGAGAGAAUUAUUCUAAAUUGGUACUAUCAAUACAAACUUAAAUAUAUAUAUAUAUAUAUAUAUAUAUAUAUAUAAAUUACUAUAUAUACUUAAUUUAAUUAGCAACUAAGUUUAGUAAUUGACAUCGGUAUCGAACUGCAUUUUGCAUUUUUUGUUUUUUUUAUUUGAUCAUUUUUAAUAAUAAAAAACAUUUUGUUCAUGUGAUUAAAUGUUUCAAGUCCUUAUUGGCAUUUAAAAGGACCCAAAUGUGUUUGUGUGUGUGUGUUGUAUGCAUUACAAUAUGUUUGUAUAUAUAUAUAUAUAUAUAUAUAUAUAUAUAUUUCUAUAUAUCUAUAUGGUAAUUGUAUAACAGAAAAAGAACCAUUUUCAUUUGAUUUAUCGUACUUCGUAUUAUCCGUCGCUUUUCUUUCAGUUAAGCGCAAACUUAAAUUAUGUAAAUAUUUUUUUGUUCAACAAAACAAAAACAAUGCAUACUAGCUACAUGUUGUUUUACGUUUUUAUAAACUAUAAAACAAGGCAUUUGACUGGCGCCUAUCAAAUGUUUAACAAAAAAAAAAAAUUGGUUUGCUACAGACAAUGACAAUUGUUUAAGUUUUUUUGUUCUUCUCUAAAGCUGUUGAUGAUUAGGAGGAUGAUUGGUAGUGUUUCAUAGUUUUUUUUGUAGUUGUUUAUGUUUUGUUUUUGAUAGACUAAAGCUAAAAUGUUUCAAGCCGUUUAUCAUCUAAGGAUAUGGCCGUACACGGUAUUUGUAUAUAGUAAUAUUUAACGUUACACAUGUGAGCAGUAGAAGAGCAGCCUUUAGAAAAAACAUAAAUAAUUAUGCUUUAUUUAUUUAGUUGUUAUUUUAUGUUGUAUACUUUUCUCUUUCAGUUUUUGGUUAUUCAUUUCGGUUCUUGUUUGAAAGUAAAAACACUUUGUUGUUGCGAAUUUUGCUCAGUCCCCGAAAUAAAAUGAAGCGUUGACAAACACAAACA